AUGUCGACCGACGUGUACAACUCCGCUGUUUCCCAGCCUCCCAUGUCCUUGAGCUCAUCCUUCUCCUACCCCUUUUCGCCGAUCGGAACCAGCUCGUCCUUUGAUAGUCUAGGAACAAACGGUAUGCGACUCACUGAAUCCGAUUUGUCGCCUCCCAUGAAUGGUUUUCACCGUAUGGGCAGUGGUGGCGCCGCGAUCUUGAUGCGCAGACUGCCUCAAAAUACCAGUCGAGAAGCACUGCGAAGCAUGUUCCUCUUUGCGAAGGACUUCGUCGAUGCUGACUUCGUUCCAUCCGAAUUACCAGAGGAUGGCAAGUUUCUAAGUGCUAUUGCACGGUUCAACACAGUCGCUGCCGCCGAAGAAGCGCGAGCCAUGUUGGAUGGCAAGCCCAACACGAGCAACGAUGCUAACAUGAUAGUCGAGAUGUUCCCUGGGCCACUUCCAGGCCGCCGUAAUACCAUCGACCAUACCGCCUCCCGUGGUCUUCCAGGGCCUACUGCUCGACAGUCGUCUCGCUUCAACGGCACUUUCCAGACAAUGGCCAACGGUGCUUCUCAGCAACCCAGCGUCAACGAAGCGCUUCCUGCUCCAGACACCAAUUCCCGGCUUCAUAGUCUUUUCUCACCACGAUCCCCCAUAGGUAGUGGACUGGGAGAAUUACCACGUGUAAGCGGCAAGUCAGUCAUCGACCAAGACCUUGACGAAGAGACCGGCGAGCUGCUCAAAGAUCCCGUUGGCUAUGCGCAGAACGGACAUGGGAAUAUGCCCCUCACGCGGCGCUCAACUAAUCCUUCAAUCCCAACCAGCCGUUUUGCCAAUCUAUCGUUAUCCACGAACGUUACAUCACCACCUAUUCAGAAUUACUCCAACGGGACUGCCGGUCGUAUGGGAUUACCGACUCCUGCAAGUGCGAUGCCACCGAACAUGAACGGCAACUCGCCUUUCCAUUAUCCCAACCAGCAUAACCCACGCCAUAGCCUUCCAGCUGCCAAUCCGAACGACUUGAACCCUCCAUGCAACACGCUCUAUGUUGGCAAUCUUCCAGCCGAUACACAGGAAGAAGAGCUCAAAGCUCUCUUUUCUAAGCAGCGUGGUUACAAGAGAUUGUGUUUCCGCAACAAGCAGAAUGGUCCAAUGUGUUUUGUCGAAUUCGAUGAGGUGGCAAUGGCCAGCAAGGCUUUGAACGAGUUGUAUGGCUACAAGCUUUCCAACAGUGUCAAGACAGGUAUCCGCCUGAGUUUUUCGAAGAAUCCUCUUGGCGUACGCAGCGGACAGCCGGGUAGCAGCGUCAACCCUCCAACGCCUCUUAGCCCACAGACGCCCAUACAUGGCGGCGCUGGUAUCGGUCCCCUGCCGAAUGCCAUGUUCUCUACAGCCAGUGGUCCUCCACCAGGCUUGUCUGCCCCGCCGGGUCUUGCACUUCCUGUGGGCGCCCGAAAUGGACCUAUUCCACCGCCGAAUUCUCACGCACCAAUGGCCAACGGCAACUCGUUUGGCCCAAACAAUGGACUCGGUAUUCGCGCCAACGGAUUAAGCUCUCUCAAUCCUGUUUCUUUCGGCAAUGGGAUUCCUGGAAACGCUCAGGGGCCCGGUAUGGGCGGCUUCAGCAGUGUCUAUCCCGAUUAUAUGAUGGGUCGAUGAGUGGUCGAACCAACCAUCAUCGUCAUCUUUCUUUAUACAAAUGCAACAUCAUAUUACGGAUCGGUAAUGUCUGGCAUGUUUGAUGAUUUACUGGGUUAUACGGCGCUUGGGGAUAUUGGAAUUUCAAGUUAGAGUCGGUAUCAGGAGGUUUCGUUUCUGCCUCCUUUUGCAUUGCAGCUGAGACGACCAUCAUCCUCUUCAUAUAUUCCCAUUACACUAUCAUCGGUUUCGUUUCGCGCAGCGUUUGUUCAACAUUUGUGUUGUCUGAUUGACAGGGAGUUUCAUCUUUAUCUCAAGACCUGCAUUUUUAUCCUUUUCCCCUCUCAUUCUUCCUUGUCAUAUUUUCUUUAGGCUGCUUCUUAUAAUCAUUUGUCUUUUUUUUUUUGCCUUGCAUUAUUAUGUUUCGCUUUGAAAAUUAUCCAUGGAUUCUGGGUAUGGUCGCCCUUGGAGGAUGUUCUGAAAGAUGGCUUCAUGGUGCUAAUUCUUUUUUUUUUCUUUUCGAAUCUGCCUUGCUCAUGUGAUUCCCCUUUUGCAACAACCGCAUCCAUUCUACGGCGCAUGAGUAACAUGGAUGGAUAAUUUGUAUGGCCAGUUGACCCUCAAGGCUUUGCUUUCAAGUCACUGCCUUGACAUUACAGCAUUGCUUUGAGACUGCGUGUUUUGAUUUCCCCAUUCUAUUUGCAUUUUACAAUCAUCUAUGCUUCCUUCCUUCCACUCUUUUCUUCUCGCGAGAAUGGCUUUCCUGUCCACAUCUUCUGCUGGAUGAUGUACUUCUUUGAAAGUUGAAUCUGUCAAUGUUCUAUUAGGCUUUCUUGUCUUGCAGCACUUACAUAGUAGGUAUUAUUAGCACUUGAUUGACUCAUGUGAAGGCGUUCUUUCAGAUCUGGAAGUUGUGGCUGCAUUAUUACUGAUAACUAUUGUUUUUCAAGCUUGGAUUCCUCUUUGUUUCAUGAUGACCUUGGUAUGAAGUUAGAUCAUUCUU